AUGGCCCCCAUAUUAGAUACGUCAUUCGAAGAUGCUCAGAAGCGAGCCCGUGAUUUCCUUCAGAAGAAAGAAUCAAAGCAACGACGAUCGCUUCUGAACGAAGACGUCAGUAUUCACGAGGAGACGACUCCCUCCGAGAAAGUUCCGUCUCUUUCCUCAAGCCUGGUUAGCUCGGAGAAUGCCAGUACACCGGAGGAAUACAAACGGCGUCUCCAGCAACGUCGCCUCGACGAUAUCAUUUUGAGUUCCCCGCCUGGAAAGAUUCAAUGGCCAUCAGAGCAGCUCAGCUUCGAUGCGAACUCGGAUUCGCCCGAGAAAAGAAUCCAGGAAACGAACGACAACUUCAGAGAGCGUUCCGCAAUUUCUGUCCACGAAGAGGCCGAGGAGCGACUACGCAUGGAGGCGGCGAGGAUGCGAGCUCUCGAGGAGCGCGAACUCUUCCAGCUAUAUGAAGAAGCCGACAGACACGCUCGGGAAGAACAUGAAAAGUUCCUGAAGCGGUACACGGAGCUGCAAAACGCCCUCGAAAUCCAGUACAGACGGGAUCAGGAGCGAAUAUCUUUGGAAAUCACGGAGAGGAAGCAGGCCUUGUUAGUGAGAGCCAAACGCGACAGUGAGCUUCUCGUCCAGCUGCAUAAAACUCUGUCCGAGAAGUCCGCCGAAUCGGCGAAAGCUUUCGCGGCGAAAUCCAAGGAAAUCAUUCACCUGACGGAAAAAGCGAAACAAGAAGAAGAAAAGAUUCUGAGACAGAAGGAGGCUCGUAUCCUGAGGGAGAAGCACAAGACUAAGAUAUCAGAAAUUAUCUCGACCAUCGAUCAAUCGAUCGGUACCUUGCAAAAAGAUCUCCCGGAAUCGCAGAGUGCUAAGGAAGAACUCGCCAAAGUGAAGAGCUCGCUUCAAGAUCCCGCGAAUCACGAGAAUGCUGCUGUUUUUGAGGGAGCUCUGACCGAAGUGAGGAAAAUUCUGGACACAUAUGCGGCGGCACUUCUGGCCCGCGAACAAAAGAAGGUAGAAGAGGCGAUCAAAACGCAGCCGAAACGUCAGUCAGAGAAUCGGUAUCGUCAAGCAGUAGAGAAGCUAAAACAAAACGCUGAAAUCUUCACUAAAUUCAUAGAGGAGAAUAAACUGCUCCGAACAAAAAUCACGCGUUUCAUCACGUUGACGGUGAACAAAAUCCAGAAAUCGACCAACAAUCAAGAGCAUGCGCUAGCUCUCGUGAAGCUCUUCAGCAGCGACGACGUCCGGUAUGGCCUCGCGACCGACAUCGUGAACUUGUCCGGCAACAAGGAAGCUGUGACUUUCUCGAUGGACUUGACAGCGAAGAAAAUCCUGGACAGUGUCGAGAAGCUCCCCGCGGAACCCAUACAGGAAUGGGUUCCCCACGCGACCGUCGUUGGCACGCUCUGGUCGACGUCUCCCAAAUUCGGUGAUAUAUUCUUCAACAAUCUGGUCUCCCGCUGUCCAUUCCUGGUCCCCGUGUACUUCGACGACCUGACCGCUGAGGAAUCGACGACUUACAUUUCGAAGUUCGUCCAGUACACAAGCGAGUCUUGGAGCAGUUUCAUCCCGCGCAUGGGCUACUACGCGAGAUUGCUCGGGGUGAUAUGUACGAUGAAACCCCGUUGGGGACCGCCAUUCGCACCGGGCAAGAUGUGGACACUCUUGGCGAGUACUGUCAAGUGCGAAAUCAAAACCAAAGAGGUGGCCGAGGUCGCCGCGAUGGUGAUGAAGUCCCUUCUCGAAACCUGCGGUCACACGAUGCAGGCCUCGUACGGACGUCAGUUCAGCAAAUUCAUACAUCUGACGUGCAAGGAGUUCUACGCAAAACUCACAGAAGUUGCUAAAAACGCACCGUCGGUAAUCAGUCUUGAAAUUUUUAUGAAAGAGGUUGUAACCGCCGGAGGGAAAUUCACACCUGUUGUUUGAAACUUCGAGGACAAUGGUGUACAAAGACUGUUCAUAGGAAGGAGAGAAUUUUCUAGAAAGACUCCGAGUCAAAAUAACUCAGAGCAGGUUGUCUGGGGUGGUGCCCUAUUCGCAGAGUUGAAAUAAAGCUCCUGUGUUAGUAUGCAG